UUUCAUUUUAAUGUGAGUUAGUAGUGGCAGUCAACCAGUUUUUGCCAAUUGUGUCCCUGCCUGAAAGUAAACUAAUGGACUAAAGUUCUGCUUUUGGCCUUGCUCAUUGGCCUGGUCAAGCUAAUUAAGCUUUUGACCCAAUUAGAUACCAGGAAGUGCAAAAUACUAAUUGGUAUCAUCUGUGACUCAGCACAACAGAUGCAGCAACAAUGGGAUUAAACCAUAUUGGUGUUUCUGCAUUGCUGUUUGUUGCCCUCGGAUUGGUUGAGGCCCAAUGGCUAAUGUGGAAAUUCCAAGCAACUACAGGACCACCACCAGAGCCAUCUGAGAGGCAGAUGGACCCUGUUCCUACUCUGAGUGUAACGUCUGAAUGCAAUGAAACUGCUGUGCAUGUGGAAGUGAAGAAAAAUCUGUUUAAAAAUGGAAAACCCAUCAAUACUGCAGCUCUGACGCUGGGAGGCUGUGCUGCGAAAGAGGAUACUGCUUCUCAAGUCCUUAUCUACGAAUCUGAACUGAAUGGCUGCAAUAGCAGACUCACGGUGACUGAGGAUGAACUGGUUUAUGUUUUCACCCUGGGUACUGCUUCAGAGCCUUUAAGUGGUACUCCAAUUACUAUUGAAUGCCACUAUCCAAGAUUCCAUCAUGUUCCCAGCAGCACUCUGAUGCCUUCUUGGAAACCAGAUGAUUCUCCCCAGGCUGUUGCAGAACCUUUUUUCUCCAUGAGGCUCAUGAUGGAUAACUGGAUAUUUGAAAGAACAUCCAACCAGUACCAGUUGGGUGAGCUUAUAAACAUUGAGGCAUCGGUACUGCCGUUCAACCAGGUGCCCUUGCGUGUCUUUGUGGAUCGUUGCAUAGCCAGUGCUGUCCCUGACAUAACUACAGUCCCCAGAUAUUCCUUCAUUGAGAACAAUGGGUGUUUGGUCGAUUCUAUGAUCAUAGCAUCCAGUUCCCACUUCAUGCUUCAAACUCAAGAAGCAACGCUGAGGUUUCAGUUGGAGGCCUUCAAGUUUCAGCAAGGAAACAGUAGCCUGAUUUACAUCACAUGCUUCUUGAAGGCAACUGUGGCAUCUGCAUCACCUGAUCCUGAGCACAAGGCUUGCUGGUAUAAUGGCAACAGAUGGACUGCUGCGUAUGGUACUGACCAGGUAUGCAGCUGUUGUGAUAGCCGCUGUAGCUUACAGAUGGAACACGAUCAAUCAGGGCAGGAGCCGGCAUCACAAAUAACCCUCGAUCCAAUCCUGGUUGAAGGAGAAAUUUGACUUCUUAUGAAAUAAAGAUCUUACAAAACCUG